UUGGUCCAAACCUCUUCAUCUCUUUCUUCUGCUAUUUCCUGUUUUCCCCCUCUCACCUCGCCACUUGGUCUCGUUUUCCCGUCUCCGUUUGCUUUUCUCCCUUAUACAAGGUGCCACCUCACUACCUUCGCAUAUCUCUAGUCAUUGUGUGAGUAAGUCCAUUCCCUUCGCUAUAUCUCUACUUAUUCUACUAUAGCCACCUUAUUGAAAUGGACAAUCAGCCAGCUAUUGGGGAACCCGGGCAGGUGCACAGUCAAGAGUGUGUACAGAGAUUCAAGGGCUGGCAGUCCGGGAAAGGGCAAUAUGGUUCCCCUGAAAAUAGCGAGAAAGGGCCCACAAUGAGAAUUUCACCGGGGGAUUUCCUCAGGUUCAAAAAAGUUCUGAAUGUUGAUGAGGAUGAGAAGUUAGAGGAUUUUUAUUUUCCACAAGUAAUUUACUUACUCGUGCUAGGUUUCCGAGAUAUUCAUGGGACACACCAUGCUCGACGCUUAUAAUCCGAUGCAUGCCGAGCCCUUUACACACAAAGGUUGUAUCUACCAUUUGGAGAGGCCUGAAUUAUACAUGCAGAAGGCUUCCAGCGGACGUCGCGAGAAAAAUUGACAUAGUGGGAAAUCAGCUAUUUGCCGAGUUUCAUGGGGAGUGUGAGGAAUCGGAGAAGAUACCGGACGCCACAUUACAAGUGGAAAAUGCUGUUGGGAGUCCUGAUGUGAAGUUUGUCCUCCAGGCUGGUCUCUCGGAGACAUAUGGCAGGCUAGUUGAGGAUGCCAGAAUGUGGCUAGAGGUCCGGAAGACGGUGUCGGCAGUUAUUCUUGUCAAGAUUGAGGAAAGCCCAAGUUACCAGUGUCAGACUCAAAAGCUUAGUGGUGAAGAGUCUCGUCGGUUGGUAUUUCCCAUGCGUGAAGGGGUUGGGGCACCGAUAUUCACCCUGGAGCAUGAUUAUGGGCCUGCUGUUUCCAAGGGUCUCACUUGGGCUGGAAAGAUUACUGGAUUCGUCGAGAUCUGGAGGAGGGACCCGAAGUCUGGAUUAGCUAUUUGCACUAGCGACCGCAUGGUGAGUAAGCACGUGGGAAGAAUUUACUAAGUAGCUCAUGCUGACGAAAACAGGAUCUUUCCGACAGUUGCAAUCUCCAAACUAAAUUCCGGCUGAGUGAGUUCUUAGAAGUUGCUCAUGAGGAUGACUGUGAAAUAUGUUUCGACUGGGAGCACUAUCUUGACAAUCUGGGGCGCUAUAUCAAGGAGCUGGAGGCUUCUGGGUGUCAUAGGAUGUUGAGAGAUCUUGAGGGACCGGUUGGUUAUCAAAGGCUGCCUCUACCAAUCCCCUCCCCAUCGUUUCACGGCAGCUAAUUGGUCUCUUGUCGCUCUCUUUCUGCGCUGGGGCCUCCUCGGGGGGGUGGUAAUCUGGGCUUUUUUCUUCUUCUGAAAUGUUUUACAGAGGUUUUUGUGCUGUUCACUUGCGGGUUCCUUGUAGGUCUUUUGUGUUUGAGAUUGGUAGCUUUCUGGGAGGAAGGUUGUUUAUUUUUAAACUUGUGCUGGGAAAAUAGAGAUUUCUCCACCCUGAGCGCUGCAAGAUAGCAGACCCAUCGGCCUGGAUUUGUAGUUUG